AUGAGCGCCGUCGACGAUCCCACGGGCGAGUAUGCCUUUCUGGCCAAACUCGUCCAACAUAUGGACCGACACCUCGUCUUCCCUUUACUUGAACAUCAACUCAACUCGGAAACGAUCUCACAAGAGCGCUACGAUGACCUGAAGCUCGCGAUUUUCAACCUGCUGAAAAACACAAACAUGAUCGACUACGUGGGAAACCUGUACAAGGAGAUCCACAAGACAGAAAACGUGCCUGCAGAGUACGCACAGAAGAGAGAGGAAGUGCUGCAGAAAUUGGCUGCGUUCGAAGAAGAGACGGCACACCUUACAAACCUCCUCAGCGACGAGGCGGUCACAUCUCAACUGCGCAGCGACAAGGUGGCCAACUUGAAGUUUCUGGAGGAACAACAUGGCGUCACGCCGGAAAUGGUCGACAAACUCUAUGAAUUCGGCCGGUUCCGCUACGAGUGUGGUCUGUACCCCGAGGCAGCCGAUCUGCUGUACCGCUUCCGCGUGCUGUCCACGGACAACGACAAGGUGGUCAAGGCUACGUGGGGAAAGCUGGUCUGCGAAAUCCUAGGCGAGGAGUGGGAGAACGCGCUUGAAGAGGUCGAGAAGGUCAAGGAGCACAUCGAAACGCGGUUGUUCAACAACCCAAGGGCGCAACUCACCGCUCGCGAGGCUCUCGUCCACUACGCCUUGUUCCCCUUCUUCAACUAUGAACCAGCCCGUGAGAAGCUCACCGAUCUAUACUUUUCUGCCCCAUACAUCAGCACCAUCCAGACCGUCUGCCCGUGGAUUCUGCGGUAUCUGGCUGCCGCGGUCAUCACCAACCGCAACCGACUCAACAAUUCCCACAACUACCAGAAACAACUCAAGGAUCUUGUGCGUGUCGUCAAGCAGGAAGUCUACGAAUAUCAAGACCCGAUCACCGAGUUCAUCAAGGCUCUCUACAUUGACUUCGACUUCGAGGGCGCCCAGAAGAAACUGUCUGAAGCCGAAGCAAUUCUCCGAGGAGAUUUCUUUUUGGGGUCGUCGGCCGAUGCCUUCAUGGAGGCUGCGCGACAUCUGAUUUCCGAAAGCUACUGCAAGAUUCACCAGAGGAUCGAUAUUCAGGAUCUAUCCACCCGUCUCGGCCUGUCUUCAGAUGAAGGCGAGAAAUGGAUUGUCAACCUGAUCCGCGACACCAGGGUCGAUGCAAAGAUCGACUACCAAGCCGGCACCGUGGUCAUGAACCAUCCACCCCAGAGCGUGUAUCAACAAGUCAUUGAGAGAACGAAGGGCGCUUUCUUCCGCACCCAAGUCCUCAGUGCUGCUGUUGCCAAGUGA